AUGGCUUCUUCCCUGGACGUCCUGGAAGUCGAUCUUGCCAUAGCCGACUUCGACCAGAUCGAGAUCUGCCAGCUGAAGGACGCUCUGGGCCGAGCUGAAGAUCUUAUCAAUCGUCUUGAGGAGCUGAAAGAUGUCGACCAGACGCAGAUAGUUCAGCUACAGGCCCACAUCGACGAGCUGGGGAAGACGAUCGAGGCCGUACAAGAAGAGAACAGUCGUCUCAAGGAGCGGAACCAACAGAUUCUUGGCAAUACCCAAGAGCCCCGCCAGCCGGCUCACGGGCCUUAUUCACAUCAUCAAUCCGACACCAGCCGUACGACUAUGUUGGCCGUGGCCUCAGAGUCCGCCUCAGCAUCGCCUGACGAGGAUACCGCUGUCGAUCUGGAAGACUUGGAUAUGGAUGACGCCGUUAAGGACGGCUACCUCUCUGUCUCUGACAGCGGAUUCGAAGAUGUUAGCUCUGAGACCGGUUCCGAUUCUAUCUGA